AUGCCCGUGCAGGGACAGGGAGGGGGGCUGGUUGCCGUGAUGGUACGAGGAGGAGUAGUGGUGGGAGAAGAGGGCGUUGCUGCCAGACCGAAAUCAGCCACGUUGACUCUCAUUGCCGUGCAGGGACACACAGGGGGGCUGGCUGCCGUGGUGACCGGAGAGGGAGGAGGGGACGAGCAGAGAGGAGGAAAAGGAGGUGGAGGAGGUGCAAGAGGAGAAAGGGAAGCGGUGGGGGAAGAGGGUGGAAGAGAAAGACAGGGGGAGGAGGGAUGGGAGGCGAGAGAGGGGGAUGGUGGGUGGGAGUUUCGUGAGAGGUGGAAAGGAGAUGAUGGAGGGAGAGCAGGGGAGGGAGAUGAUGGAGGGAGAGCAGGGGAGGGAGAUGAUGGAGGGAGAGCAGGGGAGGGAGAUGAUGGAGGGAGAGCAGGGGAGGGAGAUGAUGGAGGGAGAGCAGGGGAGGGAGAUGAUGGAGGGAGAGCAGGGGAGGGAGAUGAUGGAGGGAGAGCAGGGGAGGGAGGUGGUGAGGGAAGCGGGAGGAAGGGAGAGGAUGCUGGGAGAGUAGUUCCCACUGAUUCUACUGUCAACGCUGGCAUCACUACCCCCAUCUUCACUGCAGUUGCACUCAGCUACAGUGCAACGGCCUCUACAAGCACCGGGGCCGCUACUAAGGAGUAUGUUCUCUGGCUUGAGGUCGCGGUGCACUAUGCCCAUGCGAUGCAUGGCGUGCACUGCCAGCAGCAACUGCCUGAGAGGGGACAGCAUGGGGAAUAG